AUGGCCGCGGAUGGAAAGCGUGCCGGCGGCGUGCAAGCCGCCGCAAUCUGCGCUGCGCUGGUGAUGCUGCUGACGCUGCUGGCCCCGGCCGCCGCUCAGUCGUGCUACGCGGGGAACCUCUCCACGCCCAGCACCAACUUUGACCUGCAGUACUCCUCCAAGGUCCUCAACACCACCCUCAGCUACAUCAAGAAGCCCAAGACGCUGUACAACCGUUUCUGCUUCAACGUGACCGCGGCGAGCCCCUGCAACUCGACCGCGCUGUGCUGCAAGAACAGCGCCAUCACCAGGCUGAGCACUGUGUCUAUUGCCAUAGUGCCGACCUGCAUCGUGAAGGGGCUGACCAGCAACUUCUCCCUCUCCUUUGCUGAUGGCACCAACGCCAAGUCGGCGUUUGGGUUUAAAAUCAACAAGGCCAGCAGGAAAGUGGUUGCUAACGUCAGGAUUGCGCCCAAGACCUCGACAUCAAAGGCGCUUGGCAGCACGGUCGUCUGCAUCAACCUGCCAGCCGCCGCCGGCCUGUGCAACACAGUCGGCUCGCUUUGCGGUGGCACGACGUGCAAGGUGAACGUGACCACCUCCAAGUUCAAGCCGGCCAGCCUCACCAAGCCCAAGUCGCUGCCAUGCUGCCUGACCGGCAACGUCAACAUCCAGCAAGCCCUCCAGACCGACUUUGCAGUGACGGCCAUCCAGCUGACCCCCACCAGCCCCGUGACCGGCCAGCCCUUCACCGCCCGCGUCACCGUCACCAACACCGGCGAGAUCGCCGCGAACCCGGGAAGCCUCGGCGUGUGGGCGGACAAGGCUGCCCUGGCCGCGUGCGGCGAGGCCGCCGACCAGACCAACGCCACUGUGGGGUCAAUCGCCGCUGGGGCCAGCGUGACCGUCUCUUUCACUUUCACCGCCGGGGCGGUGGGCAACAAGACGUUCCGGGCCUACUCCGACCCGGCCUGUGCCAUCCCCGAGAAAUCCGAUACCAACGACCAGCUCGCUCUGAGCUACACGGUCGUUUCGGCCGUCACCUCAAAUGUCAACCUCGUCGCUUCCGCCCUCGCGAUCACUGGCUACGCCGGCCCGCCCGCCACCCUGCUGCCUGGCCAGACGGCCACCGUCAGGUUCGUAGUUACCAAUGCCGGCACCAGCGCCUCGCCGGCGACCACCUACGCACUCUGGGUGAACAAGGCCAGCGUCGCCGUCUGCAAUGACGCCGGCCCGUCCACCAUCGCCGCGGUGCCCGCGCUCGCGGCGGGCGCGGCGACGACACUCACCGCUAUUGUGGCGCUGCCUGGCACCUCUGGCGCCUACACGCUCCAGCUGAUUGUGGACUACCCCUGCAGCGUGGCCGAGUCCAGCGAGGCCGACAACACGGCCUCCUACGCCUACCAGCUCGCCGUCCCCGCCGGCCCGCUGCCCGACCUGACGAUCACCAACGUCCUGACCAACCCCGGUCUCACCGGGCUCCUGCCCGUUGGUCAGCUGCUCAACCUCACCUUCACCGUGGUCAACCAAGGCACCGCUGCGUCCCUCCCCGGCCUGUACUCCAUCAUCAACAACCUGCUCGGCCUGCCGCUGUGCGGCGCGCUCGGCACCGUGUCCGGCGCGCUGGGCGCGCUCGCGCCGGGCGCGAGCCAGACGGUCAACGUGCCGGCCUUGCCGCUUGCCAGCAUCCCUGGGCUGAACACGCUUUCGAUCGUGGCUGACUCAAACUGCUCCAGCAUUGAGGCCAACAAGACGAACAACGUUGUGGCGCUGCCCUACAACAUCAGCAACCCCGGCGGCCUGCUGCCCAACCUGGGUAUCACCAACAUCCUGGCCACUCCCAGCCUCGCGGGGCUCCUCCCGCUGGGCCAGCUGGUCAACCUCACCUUUGACGUGGUCAACACUGGCACCGCCGCUUCUGUCGCCACUGUGUACACAAUCUUUGAUGACCUGCUCGGCCUGCCGGUCUGCGGCGUGGCCGGCACCGUCACUGGCGCGCUGGGGCCGAUUGCUGCGGGUGCCACCCAGACCGUCAACGUGCCCAACUUCCCGCUCGCCGGGUUGGUCGGCGCCAAGACGCUGGGGAUUGUGGCGGACGCGAGCUGCACCAACUCCGCCAACGGCUCUUCCAACAGCUUUGCGGCGCUUCCCUACAACCUCAGCAGUGUCACCGGCCUGGUGCCCAACCUGGGUGUCACCAACAUCCUGGCCAGCCCCAGCCUCGCGGGGCUGCUGCCGCUGGGCCAGCUGGUCAACCUUACCUUCGACGUGGUCAACACCGGCACCGCCGCGUCCGUCCCCACCCUCUACACCAUUUUCAGCGACCUGCUGGGCCUGCCGGUCUGCGGCGUUGCCGGCGCCGUGACCGGCACGCUGGGGCCGAUUGCUGCGGGUGCCACCCAGACCGUCAGCGUGCUCAACUUCCCGCUCGCCGGCGUCAUCGGCGCCAAGACGCUGAAGAUCGUGGCGGACCUGAACUGCACCAACUCCGCCAACGGCUCCUCAAACAGCUUUGCGGCGCUCCCCUACAACCUCACCGGCCUGCUGCCCAACCUGGGUAUCACCAACAUCCUGGCCAGCCCCAGCCUCACCGGCCUCCUCCCGCUGGGCCAGCUGGUCAACCUCACCUUUGACGUGGUCAACUCGGGUACGGCCGCGUCUGCUGCCGGCCUUUACACCAUCUUUGACGACCUGCUCGGCCUGCCGCUGUGUGGCGCCGUCGGCGCCGUGACCGGCGUGCUUGGGCCAAUCGCCGCGGGCGCGACCCAGACCAUCAACGUUCUCAACUUCCCGCUCAUUUCGGCCAUCGGCGCCAAGACGCUGAAGAUCGUGGCGGACCUGAACUGCACCAACUCUGCCAACGGCUCCUCUGCUAACACCUUUGCGGCGCUGCCCUACAACAUCAGCGGCGUCGACUUUGUGCUCAAUAGCCUGUCCCUUGUGCCGAACACGUUCCCACUGGGGCUCCUGUCGCAGUUUUCCAUCAACAUGACGAUUACCAACAUCGGAAACAUCGCGGGCGACCCGGGCGUCGUCGGCGCCUUGUCUGGCGUCCUCUCGCCCCUCCUUUGCGGCAACCCCCUGCUGAGUGGCGGCGGUCUUCUGGGAAGCUUCGCCUGGACUCUCGGCGCGAUCCCCCCGGGAGCUACCGUCACAGCUCUGUUCCCUGGUUUCCUGUCCACUGGGCUGUUGGGGGUGCCUGUCAACAUCUGGGUCGUCGUCAACAACCUGUGUGCCGUUCUGGAGCCCAACUUUGUCAACAAUCAAAAGCUGCUGACCUACACCAUCUAA